CUGAAUGUUUUUUCAUCGCAGUUAUUAAUAUUAUAAUUAACUACGAUUUAACGUGAUUUUACGACACUCCAUUUCAAGGAUUUAAGAUUAACUCUGUUUUAUUUCUCUGCGCGAGUCCCAAAGUUGGUCAGAAUAUUUUCAGGACAUAGUAUAUUAUGAGUCAAUAACGCAAUGUUAUCAAAACCCUUAGUGGUAUCGUUGUGUUUUGUAGUUCUGUUUGCGAGCGUUUUCAGUUCCGAUGGACGCUCGUUCGUGGGAGCCAACGGUCCAAACAAAAUGGACGUUUACCGACUGCCAGGUGAUACGAUCCCGGACUCGUACGAUUUGAAAAUCAUGCCGGACUACAAUUACUAUACGGACGCCAUUGACUUCAACGGGGAGGUAGAAAUUGUGAUCGACGUAAAAUCCGAAACUUCGACGAUAACGUUUAACUGCAAAGAUAUUCUGAUUUACGUGGUAUAUGUGCAUGACAAAAUAAAAGAAAACGACGUUGACGUAUGGAAAGUCCGUUGCGAUGAUCAAAAUGAACAAUGCAACAUUAUGUUGAAAUCUCGAUUAAAGGUUGGAAUUCAAUACGUGGUAAACAUCGAAUAUCACGUGAAAAUCGAUACAAACAAUAUGGAAGGACUUUACAAAAGUACAUACAAUAAAGACAAUCAUAAAGAAUGGUUACUUUUGACGUAUUUCUUACCAACUGGGGCCAGGAGUAUAUUUCCGUGUUACGACGAACCGGCGCACAAAACGCCCUUCAACAUAACGUUGGAUAGGCCAAAAAACAAACCUUCACGGUCCAACAUGCCGAUUUAUACGAGUUAUUACGAUUCAUCCGUGCAAGAGAUACGCGACAUUUUCGUCGAGACUCCGCCGAUCUCCACGCAUAUGGUCGCGUUCGUCAUCAGCGGAUUCGACUCGACGACGACCGGAAGUAUUGCAGGUAAUAGCCCCAUAUACGUGUUCACAGACGUUGACCGCUUAGACCAGGUGAAAUACGUCUCCUGGGAAGCACCAAAGCUGCUGGCGGCCAUGGAGAGCUUCACGGAAAUGCCGUAUGAGCUACCCAAACUUGACUUAUUCGCCGUGCCGGAUUUCAAGUCUGACGCCAUGGGCAACUGGGGACUGAACACGUAUCGUGAAAAGUAUUUGCUACUGGACGAUACGUCUAGUGCCAAAGCCAAGGAACUUGGGCUAUCGAUGGUUCAGCGUGAGAUAGCCCGGCAGUGGUUUGGAAAUCUGGUCACGUGCUCCUGGUGGGACUACCUGUGGCUGCACGACGCGUUUGCUGCGUACUUUCAGUACUUUUCCACAGACACGGUCUACCCCGAUUGGAGGAUGAACCAGAUGUUCGUGGUCGAACGGUACCAGCGGGCUUUGGAGUAUGACCAAGCGCCCAGGCGUCCGAUUACUGCAUCCGUGCAAACUCCAGACGAAAUCACCAAGAUAUUUUACGACCAGACUGAAGACAAGGCAGCGGCGUUCUUGCGGAUGUUAAAGUGCUACACCAACGAUACUAUAUUUGAACAGUCAUUGGUCCGAUUUUUGAAACUGUACAAAUACGGGUCAAUAGAUCCCGACCGGUUGUUUGCGUCAUUCGAGGAAACUAUAUCCGAAUAUCAAUUUGAUUUUGGGCAGGAUGUCACAGUCACUAAUUUCAUGAAACAGUGGACUGAACAGGCUGGAUACCCAAUGAUAAAUGUAGUAAAGGUCAACGACGAGUUUAUCAUAUCCCAAGAAAGGUGCCUAAUGGACACUCCCGACAAGAUAAUCGAUUCAUCAAGAUGGUACGUUGGGAUCACCUAUACAACCGAAUCGAGUAAAAAUUUCGAAGACUUAACGUUGGCUACAUGGUGUAAGCCAACAAUGGACAAUUGUAUUCUGUCAGCUCCACAAGAUCCGGGGUGGUUCAUAUUCAAUAUACAAUCCGCUGGGUUUUACAGGGUUAACUACGACACAGACAAUUGGUCAUUAUUGAUCAGACAAUUGAAAGAGACGCCUGAGAAAAUUCAUGUACUCAAUCGUGCUCAGCUGAUUGACGAUUCGUUCUUCUUAGCCAGAGCUGAUCAGUUACAUUAUUCGUUUCCAUUGAGAAUAUCGUCAUAUUUAAAAAUAGAAAAUGACGUGUUACCAUGGUAUUCUGUGAUACACGGAUAUUCAUACCUAAUAGAACGAAUGCGGCGUAACGAUACUGAGUAUUCAGAUUUAAGAGAAUGUGUCAGUAACUUGGCAGGUAUAAUUUAUAAAAAAACCGAAGACAAAGUAGUUAAAGAAAAUAAUACAGACCACGUUAUCCUAACCAGCUGGAAUGCAUUCUCCGUAUGGGCGUGUGAAUUGAAUAAUGAGAUGUGCAUACAAUCAGCGUUUGAUUACUACACCAAAUGGCAAAAUGGAGAAAAAAUACCCUCAGAUAUUAGAGACGCUGCCUUCUGUGUUGGUGUUCAUAUAACGAAUGAAACCUCAACAUGGGAACAAAUGCUCAACUUGUAUAAGACAACAAGAUCACCUUCCGAAAAACAGUCAGCACAAACAGCAAUGGCUUGCACAGAAGAUGAUAUGCUUUUGUCGAGGUAUUUAAACUAUAUUUUUGAGGGUGAAGAUGGACCAAUUCGAAAACAGGACUACAACGAUGUAUUCACUGCUGUAUCCUCUACGCCAAAGGGACUUGAAGUUUUAAUAGAUUUUUUGGUGCAAAAUUUAGAUAGAAUUACGAAGAAACUUACUGACGGAAAUAAUACAGCAAUAUUCAUUUAUUCAAUAUGCGCAUCAAAAGCGGCCCUUGAUUCUGAAAUAACCAAGAUAAAAAAUUUAAAAGAUGAUCCAAAGACGCCGGAAAACCUCAGAAAAGAAUUUAACGAAUCGUAUAAGCAAGUGGAUAACAACCUAUACUGGUUUGAUAAAUAUCACGAAAUAGUAAAUCAAAACACAGGUUGCUCACACGGCUACACAACAACUGACGAACCACAAAAAACAUCUACCCAAAAAACACAAUCAACUACUGAAAUAAUAAUAGAAACCUCCACAGAGCCAACAAUAAGAGAAACUACGUUAUCAGAACGCACAGACACAUCUGAAAGUAUUUACACAGAAACAUCAGAUACCACAUGGUCAGAACGCAUAGAUACAACCACACAUGUGUACACUGAAACAACAAUAGGUGAUACCACUAAGUCAACGUAUACUGAAUCGACAACUGAACAUUCUCCAGGAGAUACUACAUCGUCAAAACACAUAGAUACAACCACACAUAUGUACAAUGAAACAACACUAGGGGAGACCACUGAAUCAACGACAGAAUAUUCUCCAGGAGAUACUACAUCGUCAAAACACAUAGAUACAAAAACACAUAUGUACAAUGAAACAACACUAGGGGAGACCACUAAAUCAACGCAUACUGAAUCAACGACAGAAUAUUCUCCAGGAGAUACUACAUCGUCAAAACACAUAGAUACAACCACACAUAUUUACCCUGAAACAACAAUAGCUGAUACAACUAAAUCAACACAUACUGAAUCAACGACAGAAUAUUCUCCAGGAGAUACUACAUCGUCAAAACACAUAGAUACAACCACACAUAUUUACCCUGAAACAACACUAGAGGAUACCACGAAAUCAACGCAUACUGAAUCAACGACAGAAUAUUCUCCAGGAGAUACUACAUCGUCAAAACACAUAGAUACAACCACACAUAUGUACAAUGAAACAACACUAGGGGAGACCACUGAAUCAACGACAGAAUAUUCUCCAGGAGAUACUACAUCGUCAAAACACAUAGAUACAACCACACAUAUGUACAAUGAAACAACACUAGGGGAGACCACUGAAUCAACGACAGAAUAUUCUCCAGGAGAUACUACAUCGUCAAAACACAUAGAUACAACCACACAUAUGUACAAUGAAACAACACUAGGGGAGACCACUAAAUCAACGCAUACUGAAUCAACGACAGAAUAUUCUCCAGGAGAUACUACAUCGUCAAAACACAUAGAUACAACCACACAUAUGUACAAUGAAACGACACUAGGGGAGACCACUGAAUCAACGACAGAAUAUUCUCCAGGAGAUACUACAUCGUCAAAACACAUAGAUACAACCACACAUAUGUACAAUGAAACAACACUAGGGGAGACCACUGAAUCAACGACAGAAUAUUCUCCAGGAGAUACUACAUCGUCAAAACACAUAGAUACAACCACACAUAUGUACAAUGAAACAACACUAGGGGAGACCACUGAAUCAACGACAGAAUAUUCUCCAGGAGAUACUUCAUCGUCAAGACACAUAGAUACAACCACACAUAUGUACAAUGAAACAACACUAGGGGAGACCACUGAAUCAACGACAGAAUAUUCUCCAGGAGAUACUACAUCGUCAAGACACAUAGAUACAACCACACAUAUGUACAAUGAAACAACACUAGGGGAGACCACUCAAUCAACGACAGAAUAUUCUCCAGGAGAUACUACAUCGUCAAAACACAUAGAUACAACCACACAUAUGUACAAUGAAACAACACUAGGGGAGACCACUGAAUCAACGACAGAAUAUUCUCCAGGAGAUACUACAUCGUCAAAACACAUAGAUACAACCACACAUAUGUACAAUGAAACAACACUAGGGGAGACCACUGAAUCAACGACAGAAUAUUCUCCAGAAGAUACUACAUCGUCAAAACACAUAGAUACAACCACACAUAUGUACAAUGAAACAACACUAGGGGAGACCACUGAAUCAACGACAGAAUAUUCUCCAGGAGAUACUACAUCGUCAAAACACAUAGAUACAACCACACAUAUGUACAAUGAAACAACACUAGGGGAGACCACUGAAUCAACGACAGAAUAUUCUCCAGGAGAUACUACAUCGUCAAGACACAUAGAUACAACCACACAUAUGUACAAUGAAACAACACUAGGGGAGACCACUGAAUCAACGACAGAAUAUUCUCCAGGAGAUACUACAUCGUCAAAACACAUAGAUACAACCACACAUAUGUACAAUGAAACAACACUAGGGGAGAUCACUGAAUCAACGACAGAAUAUUCUCCAGGAGAUACUACAUCGUCAAAACACAUAGAUACAACCACACAUAUGUACAAUGAAACAACACUAGGGGAGACCACUAAAUCAACGCAUACUGAAUCAACGACAGAAUAUUCUCCAGGAGAUACUACAUCGUCAAAACACAUAGAUACAACCACACAUAUGUACAAUGAAACAACACUAGGGGAGACCACUAAAUCAACGCAUACUGAAUCAACGACAGAAUAUUCUCCAGGAGAUACUACAUCGUCAAAACACAUAGAUACAACCACACAUAUUUACCCUGAAACAACAAUAGCUGAUACAACUAAAUCAACACAUACUGAAUCAACGACAGAAUAUUCUCCAGGAGAUACUACAUCGUCAAAACACAUAGAUACAACCACACAUAUUUACCCUGAAACAACAGUAGCUGAUAAAACUAAAUCAACACACACUAGUUCAACGACAGAAUAUUCUCCAGGAGAUACUACAUCGUCAAAACCCAUAGAUACAACCACACAUAUUUACCCUGAAACCGAAUCGGAAGAGACCACAGUAACAAAAUAUACGGAAUAUUCUACAGAUCAAUCUAUGCAAACAUCACCAUCAGAUACUACAUCGUCAAAACACAUAGAUACAACCACACAUAUUUACAAUGAAACAACAAUAGCUGCUACAACUAAAUCAACACAUACUGAAUCAACGACAGAAUAUUCUCCAGGAGAUACUACAUCGUCAAAACACAUAGAUACAACCACACAUAUGUACAAUGAAACAACACUAGGGGAGACCGCUGAAUCAACGACAGAAUAUUCUCCAGGAGAUACUACAUCGUCAAAACACAUAGAUACAACCACACAUAUGUACAAUGAAACAACACUAGGGGAGACCACUGAAUCAACGACAGAAUAUUCUCCAGGAGAUACUACAUCGUCAAAACACAUAGAUACAACCACACAUAUGUACAAUGAAACAACACUAGGGGAGACCACUAAAUCAACGCAUACUGAAUCAACGACAGAAUAUUCUCCAGGAGAUACUACAUCGUCAAAACACAUAGAUACAACCACACAUAUGUACAAUGAAACAACACUAGGGGAGACCACUGAAUCAACGACAGAAUAUUCUCCAGGAGAUACUACAUCGUCAAAACACAUAGAUACAACCACACAUAUGUACAAUGAAACAACACUAGGGGAGACCACUGAAUCAACGACAGAAUAUUCUCCAGGAGAUACUACAUCGUCAAAACACAUAGAUACAACCACACAUAUGUACAAUGAAACAACACUAGGGGAGACCACUGAAUCAACGACAGAAUAUUCUCCAGGAGAUACUACAUCGUCAAAACACAUAGAUACAACCACACAUAUGUACAAAGAAACAACACUAGGGGAGACCACUGAAUCAACGACAGAAUAUUCUCCAGGAGAUACUUCAUCGUCAAGACACAUAGAUACAACCACACAUAUGUACAAUGAAACAACACUAGGGGAGACCACUGAAUCAACGACAGAAUAUUCUCCAGGAGAUACUACAUCGUCAAGACACAUAGAUACAACCACACAUAUGUACAAUGAAACAACACUAGGGGAGACCACUCAAUCAACGACAGAAUAUUCUCCAGGAGAUACUACAUCGUCAAAACACAUAGAUACAACCACACAUAUGUACAAUGAAACAACACUAGGGGAGACCACUGAAUCAACGACAGAAUAUUCUCCAGGAGAUACUACAUCGUCAAAACACAUAGAUACAACCACACAUAUGUACAAUGAAACAACACUAGGGGAGACCACUCAAUCAACGACAGAAUAUUCUCCAGGAGAUACUACAUCGUCAAAACACAUAGAUACAACCACACAUAUGUACAAUGAAACAACACUAGGGGAGACCACUAAAUCAACGCAUACUGAAUCAACGACAGAAUAUUCUCCAGGAGAUACUACAUCGUCAAAACACAUAGAUACAACCACACAUAUUUACCCUGAAACAACAAUAGCUGAUACAACUAAAUCAACACAUACUGAAUCAACGACAGAAUAUUCUCCAGGAGAUACUACAUCGUCAAAACACAUAGAUACAACCACACAUAUUUACCCUGAAACAACAAUAGCUGCUACAACUAAAUCAACACAUACUGAAUCAACGACAGAAUAUUCUCCAGGAGAUACUUCAUCGUCAAAACACAUAGAUACAACCACACAUAUGUACAAUGGAACAACACUAGGGGAGACCACUAAAUCAACGCAUACUGAAUCAACGACAGAAUAUUCUCCAGGAGAUACUACAUCGUCAAAACACAUAGAUACAACCACACAUAUGUACAAUGAAACAACACUAGGGGAGACCACUAAAUCAACGCAUACUGAAUCAACGACAGAAUAUUCUCCAGGAGAUACUACAUCGUCAAAACACAUAGAUACAACCACACAUAUUUACCCUGAAACAACAAUAGCUGAUACAACUAAAUCAACACAUACUGAAUCAACGACAGAAUAUUCUCCAGGAGAUACUACAUCGUCAAAACACAUAGAUACAACCACACAUAUUUGCCCUGAAACAACAAUAGCUGCUACAACUAAAUCAACACAUACAGAAUCAACGACAGAAUAUUCUCCAGGAGAUACUACAUCGUCAAAACACAUAGAUACAACCACACAUAUGUACAAUGAAACAACACUAGGGGAGACCACUGAAUCAACGACAGAAUAUUCUCCAGGAGAUACUACAUCGUCAAGACACAUAGAUACAACCACACAUAUGUACAAUGAAACAACACUAGGGGAGACCACUGAAUCAACGACAGAAUAUUCUCCAGGAGAUACUACAUCGUCAAAACACAUAGAUACAACCACACAUAUGUACAAUGAAACAACACUAGAGGAGACCACUGAAUCAACGACAGAAUAUUCUCCAGGAGAUACUACAUCGUCAAGACACAUAGAUACAACCACACAUAUGUACAAUGAAACAACACUAGGGGAGACCACUGAAUCAACGACAGAAUAUUCUCCAGGAGAUACUACAUCGUCAAAACACAUAGAUACAACCACACAUAUGUACAAUGAAACAACACUAGGGGAGACCACUGAAUCAACGACAGAAUAUUCUCCAGGAGAUACUACAUCGUCAAGACACAUAGAUACAACCACACAUAUGUACAAUGAAACAACACUAGGGGAGACCACUGAAUCAACGACAGAAUAUUCUCCAGGAGAUACUACAUCGUCAAGACACAUAGAUACAACCACACAUAUGUACAAUGAAACAACACUAGGGGAGAUCACUCAAUCAACGACAGAAUAUUCUCCAGGAGAUACUACAUCGUCAAAACACAUAGAUACAACCACACAUAUGUACAAUGAAACAACACUAGGGGAGACCACUGAAUCAACGACAGAAUAUUCUCCAGGAGAUACUACAUCGUCAAGACACAUAGAUACAACCACACAUAUGUACAAUGAAACAACACUAGGGGAGACCACUGAAUCAACGACAGAAUAUUCUCCAGGAGAUACUACAUCGUCAAAACACAUAGAUACAACCACACAUAUGUACAAUGAAACAACACUAGGGGAGACCACUGAAUCAACGACAGAAUAUUCUCCAGGAGAUACUACAUCGUCAAGACACAUAGAUACAACCACACAUAUGUACAAUGAAACAACACUAGGGGAGACCACUGAAUCAACGACAGAAUAUUCUCCAGGAGAUACUACAUCGUCAAGACACAUAGAUACAACCACACAUAUGUACAAUGAAACAACACUAGGGGAGAUCACUCAAUCAACGACAGAAUAUUCUCCAGGAGAUACUACAUCGUCAAAACACAUAGAUACAACCACACAUAUGUACAAUGAAACAACACUAGGGGGGACCACUGAAUCAACGACAGAAUAUUCUCCAGGAGAUACUACAUCGUCAAAACACAUAGAUACAACCACACAUAUGUACAAUGAAACAACACUAGGGGAGACCACUAAAUCAACGCAUACUGAAUCAACGACAGAAUAUUCUCCAGGAGAUACUACAUCGUCAAAACACAUAGAUACAACCACACAUAUUUACCCUGAAACAACAAUAGCUGAUACAACUAAAUCAACACAUACUGAAUCAACGACAGAAUAUUCUCCAGGAGAUACUACAUCGUCAAAACACAUAGAUACAACCACACAUAUUUAUCCUGAAACCGAAUCGGAAGAGACCACAGUAACAAAAUAUACGGAAUAUUCUACAGAUCAAUCUAUGCAAACAUCACCAUCAGAUUCUACAUCGUCAAAACACAUAGAUACAACCACACAUAUUUACCCUGAAACAACAAUAGCUGAUGCAACUAAAUCAACACAUACAGAAUCAACGACAGAAUAUUCCCCAGGAAAUACUACAUCUUCAAAACACAUAGAUACAACCACACAUAUGUACAAUGAAACAACACUAGGGGAUACCACUAAAUCCACACAUACUGAAUCAACGACAGAAUAUUCUCCAGGAGAUACUACAUCGUCUAAACACAUAGAUACAACCACACAUAUUUUUCCUGAAACCGAAUCGGCAGAGACCACAGUAACGAAGUAUACGAAAUAUUCUACGGAUCAAUCUAUGCAAACAUCACCAUCAGAUACCACAUGGUCAGAAAGCAAAGAUACAACCAAACAUAUGCAUACUGAAACAGAACCGGGAGGGACCACAAUAACGAAGUAUACAAAAUAUUCUACGGAUCAAUCUAUGCAAACAUCGCCAUCAGAUACCACAUGGUCAGAAAGCAAAGAUACAACCACACAUAUGUACACUGAAUCAACAAUAGGUGAUACCACUAAGUCAACACAUACUGAAUCAACGACAGAAUAUUCUCCAGAAGAUACUACAUCGUCAAAACACAUAGAUACAACCACACAUAUUUAUCCUGAAACCGAAUCGGAAGAGACCACAGUAACAAAAUAUACGGAAUAUUCUACAGAUCAAUCUAUGCAAACAUCACCAUCAGAUUCUACAUGGUCAGAACGUAUAGGUACAACCACACAUAUUUACCCUGAAACAACAAUAGCUGAUGCAACUAAAUCAACACAUACAGAAUCAACGACAGAAUAUUCUCCAGAAGAUACUACAUCGUCAAAACACAUAGAUACAACCACACAUAUUUACCCUGAAACAACAAUAGCUGAUACAACUAAAUCAACACAUACAGAAUCAACGACAGAAUAUUCUCCAGAAGAUACUACAUCGUCAAAACACAUAGAUACAACCACACAUAUGUACAAUGAAACAACACUAGAGGAUACCACGAAAUCAACGCAUACUGAAUCAACGACAGAAUAUUCUCCAGGAGAUACUACAUCGUCAAAACACAUAGAUACAACCACACAUAUUUACCCUGAAACAACAAUAGCUGAUAGAACUAAAUCAACACAUACUGAAUCAACGACAGAAUAUUCUCCAGGAGAUACUACAUCGUCAAAACACAUAGAUACAACCACACAUAUGUACAAUGAAACAACACUAGGGGAUACCACUAAAUCAACGCAUACUGAAUCAACGACAGAAUAUUCUCCAGGAGAUACUACAUCGUCAAAACACAUAGAUACAACCACACAUAUUUACCCUGAGACAACAAUAGCUGAUACAACUAAAUCAACACAUACAGAAUCAACGACAGAAUAUUCUCCAGGAGAUACUACGUCGUCAAAACCCAUAGAUACAACCACACAUAUUUACCCUGAAACAACAGUAGCUGAUACAACUAAAUCAACACACACUGAAUCAACGACAGAAUAUUCUCCAGGAGAUACUACAUCGUCAAAACAGAUAGAUACAACCACACAUAUUUAUCCUGAAACCGAAUCAGCAGAGACCACAGUAACAAAGUAUACAAAAUAUUCUACAGAUCAAUCUAUGCAAACAUCACCAUCAGAUUCCACAUGGUCAGAACGUAUAGAUACAACUACACAUCUGUACACUGAACCAACACAAGGUGGGACCACUGAGUCUACAUAUACUGAAUCAACGACUGAACAUUUUCCAGAAGAUACUACAUCGUCAAAACACAUAGAUACAACCACACAUAUUUACCCUGAAACAACAAUAGCUGAUACAACUAAAUCAACACAUACUGAAUCAACGACAGAAUAUUCUCCAGGAGAUACUACAUCGUCAAAACACAUAGAUACAACCACACAUAUUUACCCUGAAACAACAGUAGCUGAUACAACUAAAUCAACACACACUGAAUCAACGACAGAAUAUUCUCCAAGAGAUACUACAUCGUCAAAACACAUAGAUACAACCACACAUAUGUACAAUGAAAUAACACUAGGGGGGACCACUGAAUCAACGACAGAAUAUUCUCCAGGAGAUACUACAUCGUCAAAACACAUAGAUACAACCACACAUAUGUACAAUGAAACAACACUAGGGGAGACCACUAAAUCAACGCAUACUGAAUCAACGACAGAAUAUUCUCCAGGAGAUACUACAUCGUCAAAACACAUAGAUACAACCACACAUAUUUACCCUGAAACAACAAUAGCUGAUACAACUAAAUCAACACAUACUGAAUCAACGACAGAAUAUUCUCCAGGAGAUACUACAUCGUCAAAACACAUAGAUACAACCACACAUAUUUACCCUGAAACAACAGUAGCUGAUAAAACUAAAUCAACACACACUAGUUCAACGACAGAAUAUUCUCCAGGAGAUACUACAUCGUCAAAACCCAUAGAUACAACCACACAUAUUUACCCUGAAACCGAAUCGGAAGAGACCACAGUAACAAAAUAUACGGAAUAUUCUACAGAUCAAUCUAUGCAAACAUCACCAUCAGAUUCUACAUCGUCAAAACACAUAGAUACAACCACACAUAUUUACCCUGAAACAACAAUAGCUGAUGCAACUAAAUCAACACAUACAGAAUCAACGACAGAAUAUUCCCCAGGAAAUACUACAUCUUCAAAACACAUAGAUACAACCACACAUAUGUACAAUGAAACAACACUAGGGGAUACCACUAAAUCCACACAUACUGAAUCAACGACAGAAUAUUCUCCAGGAGAUACUACAUCGUCUAAACACAUAGAUACAACCACACAUAUUUUUCCUGAAACCGAAUCGGCAGAGACCACAGUAACGAAGUAUACGAAAUAUUCUACGGAUCAAUCUAUGCAAACAUCACCAUCAGAUACCACAUGGUCAGAAAGCAAAGAUACAACCAAACAUAUGCAUACUGAAACAGAACCGGGAGGGACCACAAUAACGAAGUAUACAAAAUAUUCUACGGAUCAAUCUAUGCAAACAUCGCCAUCAGAUACCACAUGGUCAGAAAGCAAAGAUACAACCACACAUAUGUACACUGAAUCAACAAUAGGUGAUACCACUAAGUCAACACAUACUGAAUCAACGACAGAAUAUUCUCCAGAAGAUACUACAUCGUCAAAACACAUAGAUACAACCACACAUAUUUAUCCUGAAACCGAAUCGGAAGAGACCACAGUAACAAAAUAUACGGAAUAUUCUACAGAUCAAUCUAUGCAAACAUCACCAUCAGAUUCUACAUGGUCAGAACGUAUAGGUACAACCACACAUAUUUACCCUGAAACAACAAUAGCUGAUGCAACUAAAUCAACACAUACAGAAUCAACGACAGAAUAUUCUCCAGGAAAUACUACAUCGUCAAAACACAUAGAUACAACCACACAUAUGUACAAUGAAACUUCACCAGUACACACCACAAUAUUUAAACGAACAGAUACAACUGAACAUACAUACACUGUAAUUACGUCUGGAGAGUCUACUGAAUCGAAACAACCUCAUUCUUCAACAGACCAUUCCACUGAAACUUCAGAAUUGGAUACUACAUCGUCUGAUCAUACAGAAUUAUCGACGGAGUUCUUAUCAACAUUAACUACUGAAUCCGAUAAUACUACCCCAGUACCGUUUGAUAAUCGUUCUCAUUUUAUAUUUAAUUGUAUUAUUUUUAUUUUGGUUUUUUUCACCAUUCUUAUUUUAUUUAUAAAAUUCUUUUGGCGUAGGUCUUCGACAAAAAAUGUGUGUGUUAACUCCACUUAUAUUUCACCGUAUAAUAUUUAAUUUAUCAAGAAAAGGUAUAGGUUAUAAUUCAUAUUUUUAUUGC